CCUUAUCAAUAUCUAAGAAGUUAGAACCCAUCAGAGAUAACACAACCAGCUACCGUAGGCCGAACACUGCGGCACUCUAGUGGUAUUUGUUCUCUUACACUGGACAGACAAAAUGGCAAUUCUGCUGGCUACACUAACAGUUUUUGGCGCAUACGUUUUUGGCAGCGAUGCUCUACUUUUUAGCGUGCUAGGACUUAACCCCCCUCAUCUAGAUCCAUUCUUAGCGACAAUGUGCACGCCAAUUCGAUCUGCCGCAAACGCCAAAGUGAAAUGUGUCUACAAACCGUCACAGCUCAUCUGCACCCAAACCUGCAACGAUGGUUACACCCUUGACGACGGAAGUCGAACAUCGUCACUGACUUGUGACACUUACAAUAAAUGGAAGACAGGCGAGGAGUUCCAAAUGUGCCGCGGUCCCGGGGUCAUGCCAAACACCGGAACCGGAACUCAGACCGGAAGUUGCCACCACAUUCACUCUGUCAAGGACUGUCCGUCUGAUGGCGACUUCGCCGACUGCCACAGGUGUGACCACUUUAUUUCCUGUGCCCCGGACGGCGCCUUCCUCCGUCGCUGCCCACUGACCACGUACUGGGACGACAUUGCUAAGCAGUGUCUGACCAAAUCCAGCACCUGUACUCCCUAAUGUGUUCAUCAAUCGUCGAGUAGUUAGUUUUUUAUUACCAAGAAAAUAAAGAUUUAACACAUUGAU